AUGCAAGAUCUUGUGAAAGUUUCGGUGACAGUUCCUGUAGAUGGAGAGCUUGUAGGCCAGGAGGUGUAUAUGGAUUCUGCCACUGGGUUGGAUGUGGAUCCAUUAAGUGGUGUGUUUCGCACGCGUAGUGAGACAGAGGAGCUUAUUGCAGAGGUGUAUCGCAUUGGCAGAGAUGCUCUACCCAAAGAACUGGAACGGUACAAUGCAUGGGUUACGCGGGGAAGUAGACGGGGUGAUAAUGUGCUGUCUUCACAUGUACAGCACUCACUUCCACCUACUUUCAGAAAGGUGAAAUCUGUCACUGGGGUGUUGGCAAAGGGUUCUGAAACGGAAAACUGUAGAGAACGUGGAAAUGAAGCGAUCAAGAGUGGUGAUUUUAGAAGAGCGGUGAAGUGGUACAGUGAGGGGCUAAUCCAUGAGCCUUCCUCAAGUGCUCUUAUGUCUAACCGAGCGGCUGCAAAGAUUCUACUUGGAAGGAGUGAAGAUGCCUUAUCAGAUGCAGAAAUGGCGAUUUCAUUUGAUUCAGAAAAUGUUAAAGCAUAUUAUCGAAAAUCCACUGCAUUAUGUAUGCUUGGGGAGAGAUCAAAGGCUUCUACUUGUGUUGGGGUUUCUGAAAAAAAAUUUGGCUCAGAUCUUGCUUGGGAAUCUCUCAACAAACGUAUUGAAGAUACACCUGUAGCAGUAUUAGUAGGCGAUAGGUGGGUAUGUAGUGAAGAUGUAGAAGAAGGUAAAGAACUCUGUGCCUUGGAGACGAUAGAACUUCCAAGUGAGAAUUUCCUCGAAGUUUUGAAGAUUUGGAGAAGAGAUGGUAUUCCAGAAGAGAUUCUAGCAAAGGAAACCUCUUAUUACAGUGCUCGUGGUACUGUUCCCAUGUUUGAGCCUUUCAAUGGUAUAAUGGAGAUGCAAAAAAUUAAUGAUUUAUUGAUUGAUGAAGAUCUUUUAGUUUCGGUUUCAGAUUCAACUUUGUCAAGUUAUGCAGAUAUUCUUCGAUGGAGUUACCUUCUCUCAGGAAUGAAGGGUUCACCAGCUAUAAAAAAUAAGACGUUCUGGGCAGAACCUGUGUUUGAUAAUAAAUAUAUCGUUCUUGGUGCCUCAUUAUUUUUUUCAUUAUCAGUUAGAAAUGAUAAGAAGAAUGUUACUCUUCGGUUUGAUCAGAGAUCAAAAUUAUUACAUGUGACAGCUUGUCGUCAUAUUGCGCAAUACGAAACUCUUUAUUCGUAA